AUGAGGCUUGAACAUGUUCUCUUAAAUAUCACUGCUUGUUUACUUGUGCUCGGUUUAGAUAGAAAAGGUUGGCAUGCUGAGACAGAGGGGUUUCAAUACUCGGGGGCUUUUGCUGCUAUGGGAGUUGAUACUAGUGUCUCAGUUGAGAAGUUCUGCAAGAACUUUAAAAUCGAGAUAAAUCGACUUACAGAUGAGGAUAUGGAGUUUGAUAUGAUUGGCGUUGAUGCAUCGAUAGCUAAUGCUUUCCGGAGAAUCCUCAUUGCAGAGGUUCCUACAAUGGCCAUUGAGAAACUCUUCAUGGUUGACAAUACAUCAGUUAUAGCAGAUGAGGUCCUUUCACACCGACUAGGCCUUAUUCCACUUGAUGCUGAUCCAAGGCUUUUUGAUUAUAUCUCUGAUGAUGUCCCAAAUGAAAGGAAUACUAUUGUGUACAAACUGCAUGUUUCAUGUGAAAAGGGUUCCCAAAGGCUUACAGUAUACAGUUGCUUACAGCUUUCCUGGCUCGCAGUUAAGUCUGGUCAAUUGGAGUGGUUGCCAGAAGGCAGUCAAUUAACUAUGGCAUCUCCUGCGCAAUCUGGGGACAAUCAGAGGACCUACACAUCCUUUGGUCAAAGCCAACAGAAUACCUCUGAAAGGCCUCUCGGUGUGAAGUAUAAUGACAUAACAAUUGCCAGGCUUGGGCCAGGACAGGCUAUUGAGCUUGAGGCACAUGCUGUUAAGGGAGUGGGGAAAGUUCAUGCGAAGUGGUCUCCAGUUGCUACAGCCUGGUACAGGAUGCUCCCCGAGGUUGUUCUUCUCAAAGAAAUUAAAAAUGGUGAUGCAGAGGAGCUAGUGAAAAGAUGCCCAGUUAAUGUUUUUGACAUUGAAGACCUGGGAAAGGGGGAGAAGAGAGCAGUUGUUGCAAAGCCAAGAGCAUGCACCCUUUGUAGGGAAUGUGUCAGACUGGCUGAUGAUCAAGUAGAGCUACGGCGUGUUAGAGACCACUUCAUUUUUACAAUCGAGUCCACCGGAGCUCUACCGCCGGAGGUGCUCUUCACAGAGGCCGUGAAGAUCCUUGAGGAGAAGUGCGAGCGAGUGAUAUCCGAACUUUCCUGA